AUGGUACUUCAUUAUAUCAUUGUAACAAACUUGUUAGACCAAGUCGUGGAACGCCUUCGUAAGCCUUAUCCAUAUUAUCAUCGGCGGUAUAAUCGUGUUCCAACAAUCGAGCAAUGCAGAACGGAUGAUUUUGUUUGCUUCUAUGAGGCAAACGAGCAGUAUCAACGUGACAGGGCAGUGGACAGGAACAUACUGAAAAUUCUUCGACGAAGGCAUGAAGAGUGUGCCGCGUGGUACCAUCAUGAACUUGAAGAUGUUGAACGGUUUUGCAAAGAUAUCAUGGCUGAACACGAAGAAGCCGCUGUGAACUUCUUCAUCAAAUAUGGCGAUCUAGCAUGGAACACAACUGUUAUUGACGUCUUCAUGAAGCAGAAGCAUCGUAUGCUGUGGGAACGGAGAAAUGGACCAGUUGGGUCGGGUGUUCGUCACUCCGCAGAGGCAGCUCGCGCUGCUGAAGCCGCAGAUAAACUUGCACGGAAGGAGGAUAAUAUGUUGGAGAAACUACGACGCCACUUUGGUUCAAUCGGAUUGCCGAAAGACUCAGUCCGAUUCUUCGCAUUCAGCACUCGCGUGUCACGUGCUCUCUCCAACUCCGCGAAACAUGUAGUCUAA